AUGACUUCCCUGGAAAAGGAGAAGAAGACGAAACAUGAGUUCGGCCGAGCUGCGUUGCACGUGUCUUCAAGAGUUUCUCUUCUCUCCUUGCUUCACCGGAGCUAUACAAGACGCGAUCACUCUUACUCUGCACCGAGAGUUGUCUCUAUGUUUUUUUACAGUCCGUUACCAAAUGUCAUUGGUUCACCCUCUGCCGCAAGCCUGACCAAAUCCAAAUCCAAACCCAAGCCAAGUGGUUAUGUUUUGGCUCCAGCCUCAACUCUCCGUACUCCUCAUGCGAUGCCGAUUAUUCUCGGGAAUUGUAGCUGUUGGUUCUGA